CCUCCUCCUCCCUGCUCUCCAAGUCCCCCGCCGGGGCCGGGCGCGCAGGCCGCUGCGGGCGGGGAGCGGGCGGCCGAGGAGCCGGGGGCGGGGGCGCUGCUGCGCGAGCCCGUCUACAACUGGCAGGCCACCAAGCCCACGGUGAAGGAGCGCUUCGCCUUCCUCUUCAACAACGAGGUGCUCUGCGACGUGCACUUCCUGGUGGGCAAGGGGCUCGGCGCGCAGCGCAUCCCGGCGCACAGGUUCGUGCUGGCCGUGGGCAGUGCCGUCUUUGACGCCAUGUUCAACGGGGGAAUGGCCACCACGUCCACCGAGAUCGAGCUGCCAGACGUGGAGCCCGCUGCCUUCCUGGCACUGCUCAAGUUUCUCUACUCGGACGAGGUUCAGAUCGGGCCUGAGACGGUCAUGACCACGCUGUACACGGCCAAGAAGUAUGCGGUGCCCGCGCUCGAGGCCCACUGCGUGGAGUUCCUGAAGAAGAACCUGCGGGCGGACAACGCGUUCAUGCUGCUGACGCAGGCGAGGCUUUUCGACGAACCGCAGCUCGCCAGCCUGUGCCUGGAAAACAUCGACAAGAACACGGCCGACGCCAUCACUGCAGAGGGCUUCACAGACAUCGACCUGGACACGCUGGUGGCCGUGCUGGAGCGGGACACGCUGGGCAUCCGCGAGGUGCGCUUGUUCAACGCUGUCGUCCGCUGGUCUGAGGCCGAGUGUCAGCGGCAGCAGCUGCAGGUGACGCCUGAGAACAAGCGGAAGGUACUGGGCAAGGCAUUGGCCCUCAUCCGCUUCCCGCUGAUGACCAUCGAGGAGUUUGCUGCAGGGCCCGCACAGUCGGGCAUCCUGGUGGACCGUGAGGUGGUCAGCCUCUUCCUGCACUUCACCGUCAACCCCAAGCCGCGCGUGGACUUCAUUGACCGUCCACGCUGCUGCCUCCGCGGGAAGGAGUGCAGCGUCAACCGCUUCCAGCAGGUGGAGAGCCGCUGGGGCUACAGCGGCACGAGCGACCGCAUCAGGUUCUCGGUCAACAAGCGCAUCUUCGUGGUUGGCUUCGGGCUCUAUGGCUCAAUCCACGGCCCCACCGAUUACCAAGUGAACAUCCAGAUCAUCCACACAGACAGCAACACGGUCCUAGGCCAGAACGACACAGGCUUCAGCUGUGACGGCUCCGCCAGCACCUUCCGAGUCAUGUUCAAGGAGCCGGUGGAGGUGCUGCCCAAUGUCAACUACACGGCCUGUGCCACGCUCAAGGGCCCGGACUCCCACUACGGCACCAAGGGCCUGCGCAAGGUCACCCACGAGUCGCCCACGACUGGGGCCAAGACGUGCUUCACCUUCUGCUACGCGGCCGGGAACAACAAUGGCACGUCUGUGGAGGACGGGCAGAUCCCCGAGGUCAUCUUCUACACCUAGGCUGCCC